AUGGCUUCGUCAGAUGAGCUGGAACAAAAUGGCGUGAACGACAAUUACGACAUUGUUAUUGACCUGGAUCAUGGCGAGAUGGAUAUCAUCAAAGCUGAAAGGGGGGCGGGGGGUGGGGGGCAAGAAGAUGAGAAGAUGGCUUUUGGUAUUCAAACUGGUAGCUCAAAACUAAGCACUAGCGAGAUGGAAAGGAGCUUCAACCUCUGGGUUGACUACACCGCUCUGGGGGCCAACAUCAGCAGACUUCUCGAUACGCGCCAGUUCUUCGACCGCAAAGAAAAGGAGAUGGUCACUGAGCUGCUCCAGAUGCUCGCCAGGAAUAUCCAGUGGCUUAAUGUUAAGCUGGAUGCCCUAGGCGGCAGUAGCAGCAACGACAGCGACACGGAUGAGUGUGAAGACGAAGCCAGAGAUGGGAUCCAAUGUGCUCUAGAUAGACUUCACCUCAUAGCGGCUGACAUCCGCAGGAUUUGGAUACGCAGUCUGAAGUACAACCUCGCAUCUAGUUUCCAUCAGAACGAUGACAGCUAUUUCCACGAGCAGGCCUGUAUCCUCGUCCGUUAUUACUUCAGAGAUGCUCGGCGCUCUCUGUGCGAUCAACUCGGGGCAUCUCUGGCCAUACGCCGUAGCAAGCUUCUCCAGAGGAUGCGGCAUGAGGAAAAUUUCGGCACUAGGCAUAGCCUAGAGGAAUCCAAACAUCACAUGGACGAUGACACGGAACCCUACGUCUGUCUCUCUGAGGAUUGCACGUCUCCCAUGCUGUUCUUUGUCCACAUGAAGGACUGGAUGAACCACAUGGAAAUGUUCCACUCGGAACAGUGGAACCGUUCGAUACACAUGAGCAUCUGGUACUGCGACAUCGACCACAAACCCGCAAUCCAAUUUGAUGACUACGACAGCUUCGUGCGGCAUAUGAAAGACCCGGCGAACCACGAGGGCCAGGAACCCCCGACCGAUCGGCAACUCGACACUCUCUCGCGCGAGAAGCAGAAGCUCCUCUUCCGUGACGAGUACUGUUGCCCCAUCUGCAAGCGCGUUCCCAGCGUCCUAGAGCCGGUAAUUUUGAACAGUAGCCCCGACGAGAUCCGACGUCAGCUGUAUGAACACAUCGCAGCAGACAUCAAGGACCUCGCCCUCAGGUUGAUUCCAACUCUAGACGAGGCUGAGCCCAGCGAGUAUACGCAAUCUGAAGUCGACGAUGGAGAUCACAGGCGGUUGAGGGGCGACAAUUUGGUGGCAUCGUACCUGAGUCGUCUGGUUGAGCUUCGGCAGGAGACGAGCGUGGCUUUCGUGGACAACCCGGACCGAGACACCGUCGGCUUGAAUCCCCUCCGAGACAACCCUGAACUUGUGGAAUGCCGGGGACACAAAGCGGCUCCAGAUCCGGGGAAGCUCGACGCUAUCCAGGACCACUUCGCUCAGACCCAGCGAUACGACCAGCCACUUUUGGAUGCGGCUACUCUUAUGCUCACCCGAAUUCUAUCCUAG